UCGUUUCUCAAUUUUUAGAUAAACAAAAGCUAAUAAAUGUGAUGUCGCUACUCUGAAUGGUUGAUAAAAGUUCCCAGAAAGUCAAAUCAGGAAGCUUGACUAUGAAAUAACAAAAAAAAAAAAAAAAAUAGUGACUCAAUUUGCAAUAAUUUGUUUCUUAUCCGUUUGCUUAGUUGCGGGGAAAUGACUGUUCAUUUUCAUUUAAACACAUUUGAAUGCGGGUUAGCUCAAUUACUUGUCUAAUAUGCAGAAAGAACUUAAUUGCGCUGUUAAUUGAUACAAACUGGCAGAUGGACACCGUCGGAUGGGUUUAUUGCCAUGGAACCAGCUGUAAACACAUGGAAAAUGACAAGCCUUGGACAUGGGUUUCCGCACAGGUGCAAAUGGCAAGCGCCAGUUGUUAACCAAAGCCCCAAUAACCCCCCGAAAACUAUAAAAGUAUCCGGACUAACAAGUAGCCUAGCAACCCAACCAGUCUGGCGAAAAAGUCAAACAACUGGUAUGUAAAUCAAUUAACACCAGCGACUAUAUCUCGCUUGGAUGAAUGGGCCCGCAGAGCGGAAGCGCGCUAAAUGACGAACAAAAGCCGAGUGUUGAGCGAUAACGUGGCCCCUGGGAUGGAGUGGGAUUACGGAUGGAUCGGGGGUCGGAUUAGCCGGCGAGCAGCUGAUGAAUGAGCAGGAAUUCUCUGAAAUGUGAGCAGCAGCAAAAUCAAAACAAGCAAAGCACACAGCAUACGGAAACGAGAAUUAAAACUGAAAACUAGAAGGAGUAUCAGAUGACCCAAUCCAACAACGGAGGUCGAUGUGGUCUGUGCGGCGACAACUUCUCGGAUGGUCAGCCCCGUGCCAACGAGAUCGGAGGCAGCAUCGGAGGAUCCGGCGUGAUCACCAGGAGCUACGUGGCUGGCAAUGCCAUCACCGUGGGCGUGAAGAUCACCACCAACCACUUGGGAUACUUUGAGUUCCAUCUGUGCAACCUGGAUGCCUAUGGUGGCGAAUCGGAGGAGUGCUUCGAGCAGAACCGCCUGCGAUUCCCCGACGGCAGCGAUAGACUGCAGAUUGGAACGCAGAGCGGUGAAUUCGAUGUGACCUGUAUUCUGCCAGAGGGUCUCACCUGCAAUCACUGCGUUCUCCGAUGGACCUAUGUGGGUGCCAACAACUGGGGUGUCUGCGAUGAAUCUGGCUACGGAGCUUUGGGCUGUGGUCCCCAGGAAACCUUCAAGAACUGCGCCGAUGUGAGCAUCAACUGGGGUCGCAAUCUGCUCAAGGAGUUGGUCAGUGGCGGCGAGCCCGUGGCUCCCGUUGAGGUCGUUUAAAAAUUCAAUGACAAUACGAACUGCCCUAAAAGUCUGAAAGAACUUAAAGCCAAAUAGUCAGCCAAUGUUAA